UAGGUUCAGUUCACUGGGCUUAAAUCUGAACUCUGAAUGAAUAAAAAACUCUGGUCUCAAAAUUUUUAUAUAGUUUGAUCCAGUCUAAACUAAACUUGUUAGCUCCUCUCUAACUCAACAUGAAUUUACCUUGAAAAGAGAAAAGACUGACUUUGAAACAGUCAAUAACUUAGAGAGUAUAUAUAUAUAUAUAGUUUUCUUGCAUCAUUGCAUAUAUACAGGACUCACCAAGUUCUAACUUCCCCCCAUUGACAUUCAUAUUUAAAUUAGAGUUUGUGAUGUUAAUAUGCAUGAAAGUUGCUGUCAUAUCUGUCGUCAACUUUUUGUUUUUUUUGGUUCUUCAUGGUCGGUAGCGAUGCAACUGUUUUAAUAAUAUCUAUACAUAUAUAAAACUCACAAUGUUUUACGUUUCAUAUGGAUAUAGACGUAAUAUAUAUAUAUAUAUAUAUCAAAUUUUUAGAACAGUCACAUUCAGAGAAUUUUUUGACUUGGAAGAAAAUUUCCAACCGGUUUCCACAAUCGGAAUUAGAUUAAAUAAAUAUGAUGCUUUGUGUGUAUAUAUAUAUAUAUAUAUAGGGGUUGUUUUAAAGCAAAUUAGAAGGUGCAAACAUGUUUGACCAAAAGGGGGAGGAACAAUGGGGAGUUAUAGACAAUGUAUAUUGUUGAUGUUGUUUAUAUUGUUCGCGAAUAGUGUGUACAGUAAAGCAUAUGAAGGUGAUGAUGAUGGGAGGAGGAAGAAGAUAAUAGGCGCGAUUCUUGAUUUGUCGUCGAGAGCUGGCAAAGAAGAAAAGGUCGCAUUGGAUUUGGCCAUGGAGGAUUUCUAUCCUCAUCUCUCUUCUCGUCCAACUCUGCUUCUCAGAGAUUCCAUGAAAGAUCCUGUUCGAGCUCUUUAUUCUGCAAGAACUCUAAUCAAGAAGCAUGGAGCAAGAGCUAUAAUGGGAUUAGGAACAUGGGGAGAGACGGCAAUGGUGGCAAAACUAGGCAAUAAGUCUGAAAUCCCAAUUCUUUCCUUGGCAAAUGAAGUCCCAUGUUGGGCAUCUGGAAAUUGGCCUUUCAUGGUUAAUGCGGUUCGUAGCCAAAUUGCUCAAAUGAAAGCCAUAGCCGCCAUUGUUAAAACUUGGCAAUGGCACAAAGUCAACCUCAUUUACCAAGAACUUGACCAUUCACCCAUCGCUCCCCUCAUCACAGCACUUCAAGAAGUUGAUGUUGAGAUCAGCGAUCUUCUUCCUCUCCCUCCCAUUCUUUUACCUGACUUUUCCUUGUCUGAGAAGCUAAAAGCUCUCAAAAAUGGACAGUAUAGAAUCUUCAUUGUCCACUCGACUACAAGCUUGUCGAACAUUUUCAUGGAAGCAAAGAAGUUAGGCAUGAUGGAGAAAGAGUUUGUGUGGAUCACCACCAACACCGUUACUGAUCAGAUUGAUGUUCUUGAUGAAUCCAUCAUUUCCUCAAUGCAAGGUGUUGUUGGAGUUAGGAGCUAUAUUUCACAUGAUACUAAGGACAUGAGACACUUUCUUUCUCGUUUUCGGGUUAUGUUCCAUUCACAAUUUCCCAACGAAACAUACACAGAACCUGGGAUACACGCAUUGGAAGCAUAUGAUGCCAUGAAGGUUAUGUCUAUUGCAAUGGGUGGUAAAGAUUGGAGGGAUGGUGGAGAGUUGUUGGGUAGAAUUUUCGAUUGUAAUUUUGAGGGUUUAACUGGUAAGUUUAAGUUUAAAAAAAAGAGUUUAGAACCUGCAAGUAUUUUUGGGAUAGUUAAUGUUGUAGGCAAGAGUUAUAGAGAACUAGGGUACUGGUCAGAUGGAUUAGGAUUCUCGAAAACAAUCGACAAUAAUGGUGAUGGAGGUACAUACAACGAGUCGAUGAUAAUUCUAGGACAAGUUUAUUGGCCAGGAGGACCUUGGUUAACCCCUAAAGGAUGGUCUGUACCUAACACCUCAGAGCCAGUAGUUAUAGGAGUCCCUUCUCAAAAUACUCAUAAAGAAUUUAUAAAUGUGAGUUCUAAGAGUGUUACUGGGUUUGUAUUUGAAGUUUUUAAGGCCACAAUUGCACUUUUGCCAUACAAUUUCCCAUAUGAGUUUCAGCCAUUCAAUGGUAGCUAUGAUUCGUUGGUUAAACAAGUCGGUUUGAAGCGGUUUGAUGCGGUUGUGGGGGACACAGCAAUCUUGGCAAAACGCUGUGAGUUCGCAGAGUUCUCACAACCCUAUUCUGCUUCAGGUCUACAAAUGGUGGUACUUGCCAAAUCAAAGAAAUUAAGCAGGCCAUGGUUGUUCAAGGAACCCUUCACAUCAAUCAUGUGGGUCUUUACGGGAAUUGUCAAUAUCUAUAAUGGCAUCGUUGUUUGGCUGAUCGAGCGUAAUCACAACCCAGAACUCAGAUCAGGACCCAUACAUAACCAAAUUGGCACAAUGAUUUCACUAGCUUUCAACACACUAUUCUCUCAACAUGGACAUAGACUUCACAGCAAUUUGUCUCGUAUGGCGAUGAUAGUUUGGUUAUUUGCAGCUCUAAUCUUAGUCCAAAGCUUCACUGCGGGCUUAGCAUCUUUACUUACACUGGAACAGCUGAGUGCUGCAUCAGUGGAUGUGGAGACACUGAAGAGGAAUGGAGAAAAAGUCGGGUGUGAUGCAAACUCAUUCGUCGCAAACUAUUUAGAAGUAGGCUUGGGUUUUGAUCCUUCAAACAUUGUUAAGAUAAAUUCAGAAGAGGAUUAUGCUACAGCUCUUACGAGUGGAGACAUAUCUGCAGCCUUUCUUGAAGUUCCAUACAUCAAAGUUUUUCUAGCCAAACACUGCAACCUGUUUAUUACCUCUGGGCAACCUUUUAAAGUUGGAGGCUUUGGUUUUGUUUUUCCAAGGAGUUCUCCAUACUUGGGUGACAUAUCAAAAGCAAUUUUGAGAUUAGCAGAGGAUGGAACACUUGAAAAGUUGGAAAGAUCUCUUACUUCCACAUUCAAAUGCUCGAGCUCAGACUCUGACAAGAAUGGCUUCCGUCUAGGAUUAGAUAGCUUUUGGGGUCUGUUUGUCAUAACUGGAGGAACCUCCUCACUGGCUCUUCUCCUCUUUCUGGUUGGCCUUGUUCGGAAAAACUGGCAUCAACGCCGCCGCCGCCGCCACCAUAACCACUGUAAUGUCCAUGACUUUUGGCUCUUUGCUUGGGAAACACAAAAUCGUAGGCGCCACUGGCCCUAAUACGUACAUACAUUUACAAUGAAAUUAAUCGUUAUACCA